AGAUGCGCGCGCGCGCACGUGUGUAUCUGUACAUGCAUGCACGCAUAAAAAACAAAUGAGGCAAGGUCGUUCAUCGACUUAACAACACGUGUUACGCCAUUUUAAGGUUACAAGUGCGAAUAUCGAUAACUUCUGGUUACGCCGAUAAUAAAUCUAAAUCUUUUCAAAAGUGCCGAUUUUCACUCUUUCUCUUUUUCUCUUUCUUAGGUAGUACAGUAGACAUAAGCAAUUCAGCAGAAUAUAGUGUUGUCAUGAGUUGCGUGAUGCAUGUAUGUGUGCAUGUGUGCAUAUGUGCGCGCGGCCUGCCGAAAUGCUAAUGUUGCCUUGGUCGCCAUUCUUCGUUCAACUGUAGCAGAGUAAGCGAGGAAUUUCAAUAAGUUUGCAAUUACACCAUUUGUUUCUGAUCACUGACACUUUUUCGAUAAGUAUUUACGAGUUCCUAUUGUUCUCAAGAUUAGCGGAAGUCUUAUCUUUGGUAUGUAAAAUAAAAAGCGAAGGAAGUGUGCAGCCUAUGGCUGAGUUUGUGCCAUAAAACAAGACUAUUACAUCAAAACCAAAAUGAUUAAGGAAAACGAGCCUUUUUGGUUUCUUGUUACACAUGUAGAGAUAGAGGGACAGUAUUUAAAAAUAUGGGCCCAGACAGAGGAAAGGGUCAUUCAAUCUGUGAACAAACUGCUCAUGACUCUACGAGAUCAAUUUGAUUAUUGUCAAACCAACAUAGUAUCUCCUAACAGUGUCAUGCCACACACUCAGUGCUGUGCUAGAGGUCCUAAUAAUGAAUUCUCUAGAGCCAAAAUUCUUGGCUUUCGCUCAGAUGGUAUGGUGUUUGUUCAGUUUGUUGACUAUGGAAAUGUAACUCACGUACCCAUUCACAACAUCAGACUACUGGAUAACUUGCCUGGAGCUGAGUAUCUAUUCUCUGUACCUCCUUCAGCAACUCCGUUUAUAUUAGCAGAUGUUAUGCCUAUUGGUGGUGCUUGGAUGCAAGAAGUUGUUAAACAAAUUCGUUCUUUCCUUGUUAAUAACAAGUUUCAAGGAGUUUACAGAGAAAUCAAUGGCUGUAAAAUAAUUAAAUUCAAUAUGAUGAAUGAUGAUUUUGGUACUUUAUUGGUUAACAGAAAUAUGGCUUUAUCCAGUUCAUCCUGUGUAAAUAACACCCAACCAACUUCACCAGUACAAAAUCUAAGGAUGCCUCAUCAGGUAAGGCAUUCAACACAAGAGAAUUGGAGAGUCCCUGCAGUGCAACAAACGCUCCCUCAAAAAGUUGUAAAAACCAACUCAUUCAAAGCCAUCCAAUUAGAAAUAGGCUCUGUUCAUGAUGUCCAAGUUUCUUAUGUAGAUGAAGGUCCUUGUAAGUUCUCUGUACAGCUAUUGGAGGCAAUACCCUAUUUGGAAGCCAUGAUGAAGUCCAUCAAUUCCAGGCCUCACAUUGCUCUGCAAGAGUCACCUAUUGCAGGAACUGUAUGUCUAGGACAACAGAUACACCCACAGAGACUUUGUAGGGUUGUACUCAAUUCACCUGGUGAUACUUCUUGCAAGGUUUAUUAUGCUGAUUAUGGACAUCACGAAAUUUUACCAUUUUCUAGUUUAUAUCAGAUACCGGAUGAGUUUUUUGUGCCAAAUAUAUUUUCAAUAAGAUUUACUUUGAAUGGUAUUAGUAAUUGGACUGUAUCUCACGAAAUGAAAGACUAUUUUGGUGGUUUGGUAGCUAACAAAAAUUUAAAAUUAAGAGUUUGCAAAGGUCCUCUGUCACCUCUUACCCAGUAUUGUGAUUUAUAUUUGAAUGGAAAAAAUGUUAGGGAUAUUUUGAGCGAAGUGUUUCCAGAGUCAUGUGAACUUUUCUAUCCAGAGCCAAAACAGCUACAAUUAGGAAGUAAAGAAACUGUAAUGGUGCCUUUUGUUGAAUCAACUGCCAAAUUUUUUGUUCAAAUUGAAAGUGAUGAAAAGCUUUUGGAUGACAUUAUGCAACAAAUUGAACAAGCUUCUAGAACAGCUGCGACACUGUCACAUGCACAAAUGCGUAAAGAUAUGCCAUGCAUUGCUCUAUAUGAGGAUAAAAAAUGGUACAGAGCUUCCAUACUCAAUAUUAUUGAUGAUACCAAAGUUUUAGUGUUCUAUGUUGACUAUGGUAAUGAGGAAAAUGUGUUGGUGAGCAAUUUGAGAUCAAUACCUUCUCAUUUAGUCAAUAGUCUUCCAAAACAAGCCAUUCAGUGCUGCCUGAAAGGAUUUCAAUUUGAAUCAGCAAAUCAAGAAUUGAUUAAAAAGUUUGAAAAUUUAGUUCUAGAGGAACGUAUGAUAUUAUUUGCCCAUGACUAUGUCAAUGGUAGUUAUCUCGUAAAUUUACAUGAUGCUAAAUACAUAAGUGAUCCCAUGGCAGAUAUUGGCAUAAAGUUAAGGGGUAUGGAACCGUUGCAGAAUCAAGUGUAUGUUAGAAACCAAGAAUCAUUUGAAAAAUGUCCUGCUCAAAAUCAAAGUAGUAACUGGACUGGUACUGGCAACUGGAACAAAGACAAAGAGUCAGGUAUAAUUAAAAAAAUUAGCAGUUUUGAUGAAAAUUCCAAAUCAAAGUUCCGUAAAGACAAUGAAAACGAACAGCGACACGACAACCGAUUCCGUAGAGAAAAUUCAGAUUAUCAAAGCGGAACGUCAAGUAAUCAAUUUGGCAAAGAGGAUAGAAAAAUCGACAGAUUUGAUCAAAAUGAUAAAUACGGAAAGCAGCAGACUGAUGUUUCUCGGUUUCCCGGUACAAAAGACUAUCCUAGUAGCGAUCGAUUCAACCGAAGUAAUGAACGUAAUAGCUAUGAAUCAAAUAGAAUAGGAAAAGAAAUACAAAAUAACAGAGGUAACGUUAACUCUCGCCUAGACAGAAAUUACGGAUCUGACAAAGACUCCGAUACUUCUUCAAAAAGUGGUGGAAAACGUAACAGCCGAAAAGAAGAUCAGCGAAUUCGAGAUUCACCAUCAAAUCGCAAUAGAGUCGGAAGAUGGGAAAACGAUCACCGCAGUAAUGAUGGCCCACGCAAUGGCUACUCAAAUCUCAAAAAUUGCGAUAAGUCAAAAUCGCCAAAAGACAGUCGUAUCACAAAGCAGGAAAUGGUGAAGAUGUCCGAGAUCAAACCUGCUCCUAAAAUAUCUAGCCAAAUACCGCCGCCUAAUAUCACUGUUGGAGCGGUGAAAAAUUGCAUAAUGGUCUAUUAUAACAAUCCAAACAGUUUUUACGUACAGUUGUACCCAGACAACAAAGAGUUGAACCUUGUCAUGGAAAAAAUUUAUUCCACCUAUGAUAAAGGAGGCAAGAUCAUUCCGUCGUUACAUAUCAAAGAAGGACUGCAUUGCAUUGCACAAUGGCAAAAUGAUGAGCAAUGGUAUCGAGCUGUUGUAAAAAGUGUUGAUGCUUUAUCGACUGUCACUGUGUUUUUCAUUGACUACGGCAAUCUCGAAACAAUUAGUUUUGAUAAAAUUAAAGAAAUCCAACCGGAAUUGGUCAAGUUGCCGGCUCAAGCUAUUCUUUGCAAAAUGUUCUGUCCUGGCAAGUCUGAUUGGAGUAAAAAAGAGUCUGAUCAAUUGGCUAGUGUUAUCGAUGAUAAAUUGUUAGAAGCCGAAUUCAUUGCUAUGGAACAGGGAGUCUAUCAAGUAAUAUUGAAGGACCUCAAAUCGAAUGAGUGUCUCAAUGACGCUUUUACGAACGGCAUUGAUUUGCGAAAAGAAAAAGAAUUUUUACGUGAUAAAGCGAGAAACUUUGCCAGAGGGGGGGAUUACGUAUCUCCAGAGUAUGCUUCCUUAAGCGACAAGUGGUUGGAGAAUAAAGUUGAAUUUGGUAAAACUUACAGCGUUAGCCAGGCCUAUUUUCUCAACCCACAAAAUGUUUACUUACAUCUUCAGAAUCAACAGAAAGAAUUUCGAGAUAUGAUGAACGAAAUGCAAUUGGUUUACGCAAAGCGACAGUCAAUUUCAAAACCACUGGAGAUUGGAGCAUCCGUCAUUGCUGUUCUUCCCGAAGAUGGAGUACUAUACAGAGCCACUGUUGUAGAGCUGAAUAAACCACGAGGGCCUGUAGUUCAAUAUAUCGAUUACGGCGAUCGAGCUAUGGUAGAUCUUCGCAAAAUUUACCCCGUUGAAAAGAAAUACAUGGUCUUACCGAAGCAAGCUCUAUAUUGUAGUUUAAAAAAUAUUGCUCCAAUCUUGGGAUCCAAUUGGUCAAACGCUACGGAGAUAAGCAAAUUUUUUAACGCUGAAAUAUAUGACUGUAUCUUUCAUGAGCUACAAAAUGACCAAUACUUGAUUUCUUUGAAUGUUAAUGGUGUCGAUAUUAGCAAUGCCUUGGUACAGAAUGGUUUGGCUAUGUUCUCAUCACGAGCAUCAGAAGCUAGAACAGUGAUUCAAGUUGAAGAAGUGCCUAAAGUAGAUGUCAAUUUACUCGAAGGUCAAACUUUGCAUGUGAAAGUAUCAAACGUCGAAGGCGUUAAUAAAUUCCACGUUCAAUUUUACACAGCCAAAGCUUGUCAGAUAAAUGUUGAUAGUUAUAUGGCAUCCAAAGAUCCACAGAUGCUUAAGUUACCUGGACAGUUGGCAGUCAUGCAGAAUCAAGCUGUUGAGUGCAGUCUGUUCGAUGUUCCACUUUCUUCAAAGACCGAUGACAUGCUCAAAAGUUUAAUCAACGGAAAGGACGUCAAAAUUUUUGUUGAGAAAGUAGAGCGUAACAGGCUCAUAGUCCGUUUGUUUGACAUAAACGGCAACAAGAUCAAAAUAGUUGGUUCUCAAAACAUCGAAAGAAUAAAUCCAAUUUGCAAUAUGCCGAUACUAAGCUCAACCCAUGAUGUUAUCGUAACCAACAUCAAAAACUCGAGUUGUGUGUGGCUACAACGAACGACGGAUGCACCAAUGGAAAAACAACUUUUGGACGACAUGUACGACUACUAUUCCAAGGUGAAAGUUCAGGCCAUGGCAAUUGAAAAAGAACUAUUUGCUGGACUUUGGAUCGACGGAAACUGGUAUCGCAUGAUCGUUUUGGAAAUGAGAGGCUCGGACGAAGUAAAAGUACAACUGAUUGAUUAUGGAGAUACGGGUUAUAUUUUAGCGUCAGAUCUACGAACUCUAGAUGACCGCUUUUAUCUACCGCAUCAGUUAGCCGUCAGGGUGUCGCUAAGUGUGACUUUGUCGGGCAGCAAUGACAGUCAAAUCGAGGUCCUGGAGCCGAUGGUCAAGGACAAGAAGCUGUCUGCGACAUUCUAUAAUGUUAAUCGCAAGUGGAUUGUCGAGUUGAAUGAAGCCGGCGAAAAAUUGAGUGACAAGCUGAAGAUAUUGAACUUGGUGAAGGAAACCACGAUAACACCGUUCGAGCACAUAGAAGCCAGCGAAAUGGUAGUAGGUGAAAGAUACAAGGUGAUAGCCAGUCACGUUGACGCGCCCAACUCGAUAUGGCUGCAGCGCAAGGACGCAGUUGAGGCUUUGUAUGAUCUGCACGAUCGGAUGCAGGAAGUAGCUGCAGCGUGUCCAAACUAUGAGGGUAUUCCCGAGGAGAAAUCGCUCUGCUUAGUCAUGUACUCUCUGGACGGCUGCUGGUACAGAGCCGAAGUGAUCGACGCCGACGCCGAAAUAACCACCGUUCGCUUCAUUGAUUAUGGCAACACCGACGUCAUAGACAGUAGCACAGGUCGCGUCAAGCAACUGCCGGAUAAAUGGAAAUCAAUCGAGAGGUACGCUAUACCGUGCAAACUCGACGUAGUUCCGACGGGUGUCGCUGACGAGUGGUCCGAGGAGAGCUGUGCACGAAUCAAACACCUUACCUUAGCGGACGUCAGCGAGCUCACGGCUUUAAUAAUCGGCGACAAGGCCCCCAUGCGUGUCGACUUAUUCCUUGGCGACAAGAGCAUUUGUGAGCUGCUCGUUGUCGAGGGGCUUGCGGCCUACGUUAAGAGUUCCGACGAACUGGAGGAGGAACUGGAAGUCGUCGAGGAAGAACCAUUCGAUCCGAGAUCUGCCUUCGUCAGCCAUUUUGUCUCAGUGGACGAGUUUUGGGUGCAGGAGGAUGCCAAAGUCAAGGACUUGGAAAUGGUCGCCGACAGGCUGGUCAUGGCCAAGAUGUUCGCACCCCUGCAGCAGGUCGAGGAAGGUCUCAUUUGCAUUGCUCACUACCCAGAGGAUAAUCAGUAUUAUAGAGCAAUUGUUUUGUCUCAUGAUGGCAAAAAGACUAGGGUCAACUACCUCGAUUACGGUAAUUCGGCAACGACUGAGGAUAUUAGAGCCAUUCCGCAAGACUUGGCCGACAUACCACCGCUCUCGAAGAAAUGCUGCUUGGCUAAGCCGGAUGGUGUGAAACAAUGGCCCGACGGCGUUAACGCUGAGUUCGAUAACCUGGCGGCCAACGGCGCUACUGUCUUCAUUUUAGACGUUAUCGCGACAGAAGGCGAGACUUUUCUCGUAAGGAUGACGCAUGGUUCUAAGGACGUAGCGAUCGAGCUUCUGGAGCUGUGCGCUAAGCCUUCUUACGAAGACGAAGGUACCAUCAUUCACGACGUUAAAGAUAUCUCGAUAAAGGAACGCCCGACGCCAAUAGGCGAGGAAAUUACCCCGAACCUCUGCAAAAUUAGUUGCAUGUUAUUAUCACCAAUACAAUUCUGGAUUCAGAAAAGGACCGAUUACCUGAAGAUCAAUUACGUAAAGAAAGAACUCGCCGAUUGGGAAGUAUUAGCGUCUGCCAAGGAUGUGAAUGAAGUGGGAAAAAUUUUUGCCGUAAGAGAUUUUGAGAACAAUCCACAGUGCUUUCGUUGCAAGAUUUUAACGAAUACUGACGCCGGCUUAGAGCUCUUGCUCAUCGACUUGGGCGUUUCAAUAUCUGUGCACUCGGAUACGAUGUUACGUGAAUUGCCAGAUGAUCUGAAGCACAUUCCUGCUUUGGCUGUGCAUUGUACUCUAACGAUGCCAGAAGGAUUAGAGAAAUGGCCUGACAGCGCUUGUGAAAAAUUCAAUGAUCUAACUGCAAAUAACCAAACAGAAUUCGGGUUUGAAAUACUCGAACCUAGUGGCUUGGAGCAGCCUUUGCCAGUAGUGCUGUAUUACAAGGAUCAAAAUGUCGCUGAUUUGCUAUUGUCCAGUUCUAAUGAAAAUUUUCCUAAUGAUAAGUCGAAUUUAAUCGCUGGAAUAACCACAAAUAAAGGCAUGGAUCAUCAAAAUAUCUCGAGUGACAGUGCCGUUCACUCCGAAAAAGAGCAAUAUUUCUCUGAAGACACACAUGCACAAGAAAACGAUGUUACAGAAAACGUUAAGCCCGAAACUGCGAUUCAUCUGACAAUUAGAGAGAACGAUUCUGAUAAAGGAGAAAUUCCAUCUCAGGAAGAUGACCUAUCUUAUCAAGAAAAAAUUGUACUUGACGAGCUUGAAACUACGGUAGUUCAAGAACAGCAUGACGACGAUGAGCCAAAAGGCUUAGCUGAUCUAGAAGAAAAAAUCGUUCCAGGGUCUAUUUCUCGCGGUUUAUCUGUCGAAGAAAUUGCUAGGUACAGUCCAGUCCCCUUGCACUCGUGUCCUGAGGAGAAAAUUGUCCCUGGAAGUAUCAACAAAGGUUAUACUUUUGAAGAUCCCGGAAGUGUUUCUUUUCAAGAAGAUAAACAGUUUGACACAGUUGUGAUAGCCCCUGAUGCAAAAGACUUUGAAAGUAAAAAGCUCCCACAAUUGGUUAAUGACUUUCAGACAAUUUGCUUUGACGACAAAGUUGUCCCUAGCUGUAUUUCAAGAGGAGAAACUCCUGUCGAAAUGUAUAGACCGAUGACUCCAAAAACUGAACAUUCAGAGAAACUUGUAGCUGGUGCUGUUAAUGCUCAAUCUAGUUUGAAUUUUGAAGAUGAAGAUCUUUUUGUUGGUGUAAUGGAAGAAAAUUCAGAUGCUACAGUAUAAUGAACCUUUAUUAAUUAUCAAUUUGUUAUUUAAACUUAUGUUUAAUUGUUAAAAUAUAAGAUCUGGAACAUUUCGACAAAAAAAUAGAUAUAAGUAUAUGACUCGAAGAAACUUUUUAGACUUAUGUAAAUGCGCGUUCUCAUUUUCAAGACUUAUACGUCUUUUGUGAAAUUUAUUCUAUUUUUUACAUAAAAUAUUAGUAUAUAGUAAGUUUUUCACAUCUUUUUCAACAUACUAUGUUGCAAAAGAAAGCAAAUUAAAUAGAAACGAAAAUAUAGAUAAAACAGGUCGUGCGUAAGCAAUGACUGUAAAAAUGUAUCAAAUGUAAUUUGAAACUAGUAGUUGUAAACUAUUAAAAUUAUUAUAAAAUAACGUACUAUGUACAUUGAAGAAAGAAAAUUAUAGUGUCGAUUACCAAAGACAAGGUAAAAUGAUUUAUCAAUCGCUAAUGAAAAAAAUUUCAUUAAUAAGACGAUAAAUUUUAAAAUAUCAGUUAUAAAGUUGAUUUAAGUUUAUUUGCUAUUAUGUUUUUUUUUUCUUUCAAGAAAGUAUUUAUUUUUUAAUAAUUGGUAAAUUUUCUAAUUUAUUAAAACAUCAACGACAAUUCAGUGAUAACUUAAGAAUUAAUAAAAAUAUGAUAUAUAUGUAGUAUGUACAUGUAUGAAUAAUGCAACUGUAAGAUGUAUAUGUAUGUAUGUAUGUGUAUAUAGAUACACACACACGUACGUAUACAUGCCUUUAGUUAUAUUUGUUAAUUACAAAAAAAGUUUAAAGUUUUUGCAACUAACAUUCAACAUUAAGAAAACUUUCUGUUUAUCAAAAACUAUUUUGAAUGAAUCGUAGAAACUAAUAUUGAUGCAAAAUUGCAUUUAAAAUAUUUGGUUCCAAGAUGUAUUUGAGCAAUUAUUGUUGAUUCAACAGAAAAAAAUUAUAUACGAUAGUUACUAUACUUUAAAUGUGAAAAACUAUACAA